AUGAAAUCGAAUCUGCUGUUUGUGAUUUUCAUUUCAUUCGCGACGACGGCGAUAUUUGCAUCUCAGUACGACGACAACGACGACGAAUUGCCGGAUUUUGAAUUCGACGAUGGAGGCAGCAACAGUCGAAUUACCACAGAAGACGAUUACUUGGGAGAUGGGGAUGAAUUUGCGGAGCAACUGAUGGCAGUGCAGCAGCAAAAUCAAACGUCGGCGGCAUUUGCACAUCGAGAACGGAAGAUUAGACAAGUGCUGAUUCGGGCGUUGGCAAAUACGAAACUCAGGCAAAAGUUUGUCGAAGUGAUGCCCGUGCUGCGGAUGAUGACGAAGGCGCAAAGAUUGACGUUGGCGGCGUUGAUUCAAGCGCAAGUUGAUGGAAAUAGAGUACUUACGUUGGAACAGGUUAAGCAACUUUUCGGGAAUCGUGAAGACUUGAUCUUGCCUCUUGUCUUGGAUAUCGCGAAUUUGAUCAAAAUGGCAGCGGAAAGUGCGUAUCUGUCGCAGCAACGGAAGAAAAUCCAAGAAUUCGAACAACCGAGCCAGAUGCAACUUUUGAGAAGGAGUUUUUUCACGCUUCCUCGUCCUGAAGGGUUCCAUCGGAGAGUUGAUUCGACCAAAAAAGAUGUUCCCGUUGCUCCAAAUGACGAAGAAGAGACUCAAGCCACCGUCACGGACAUCACAAAAUUCGUUGUUGCCAAUUUGAAGGACGAUCGAAUGCAUUUGGAUGACAAAGAUCUCGAAGCGAUCGUCAAAAAUGUCUCGCACGAUCGAAAUAAACGCGAAAAAGAGAUGUUUCCGCAAGCCUUGCCUCUUAAAAUGACCUCCGAAGCCGAAGAUCACAUCCAGAAAAAGCUCCAAAUGACGUAUCACGAGCGAAAAAUGAACAUGACUUCGUUUAACGCGACGAAACAGCAUCAAGAUCAAACCGCGAUGGCAUCCGAUGGGGGUUUCGUGUCAUUUUUGUUGCCGGAAACGAACAUGACGAUGGAUGAAAUUGAAGAUUUGACGUUUGAAGCUGUUGGAACGACAACGAUGGAUCCAAAUUCGAGCGAAAAUUCAACAGAUUUUGAAAAUUUGCCUCAACCGGAGCAAUUGGUGCGAGUUGUGAGACCUAAAAUUAUUCAAAAUAAGAGAAUUUUAGUCACGGGGAAGCAGCAACAGCAACAAAGGCCUCUUGCGAGAAAACAAACUUUAGCUCCGGCACCGCUUGAAGAAAUUUGUGAGAAAUUUAGUAGUACGGUGUGUUUGCAAGUCAAAAAUUAUCCAAUGGAACAAGUUAUGAGAAGUAUUAAACGUCAUAAGACAGCGAUGCAUGCGUUGUUGGCAGAUUUUAAGGAUAAAUCCGAUCAUUUGGGACCUGAGGAGUAUUUUGAUCAAUUUUAUGGCUCGAAUCGUCGCCAAGAUGACGGAGCAAAAGGCGCAAUGUGCGAAAGUAUCAUCAAAUUCGCUCGUCCUCAAAAAGCUCGUUCCGCUACUGGCGAAUGGAAAUACAUCGUAAACACCGGAAGUCACACUCAAACCUUAAGAUUGGAGAAAUGCACAGCUCCUUUGGAUUCCUGCUCUUACUUGACAGAUAAUUACCGUUCGCGCUGCAUCCAAGUUUACAAUUACCAUCGUUUGCUGAGUUGGGACGUUUCUCGCGGCUUGCAUGUCGACAUCUUCAAAGUGCCGACUUGUUGUUCGUGUCACAUCGACGGUUACAAAGAAAUUUUCCCGCCAAUUCUGCCAGAUUACACGAAAGAUCCUUACGAAACGCAUUUCGAGCUGGAUGACGACUCACAUUUGCAAUCAGCGGCGCCAAGUAACAUUCAGUACUCAACUUUGAAGGAUUUGGAGACAAACAGUGCGGAUGAAGACGACAUCGCGAAUCAGUAUACCGACGGAUUCAAGCGAAAAAUGAAGCCGCUGAAGAACAAUCAUCAAUUGGCGGCGAAACAACCCAUUCGUUCAGCUUUUGAUCACAUCGCCGUCACGCCAAGCAACUCAAUUCCCAUUCUCGAUGAAUUCCUCAGUCCGCCAGUGUCGAGUUACGAUCCCACGAUUCAGUUCAAAAAUCGUCUCCCGAUCACAGGAAGACGUCGUCCGGGGCAACCGCUGCGAAAACAAGCCAACGAUCAAACUUCAGCAAGUUCGGAUUAUCGCACGAACGAAGUUACGGUCCUUCCGCCGUCGUCAGUUGUCACGCAGAACAUUUUUCGAAAACGAGUGACUCCUUCGUUGGCAGCCACGGUGAACACAACGACAAACAUCAAACUGCUGAAAGCCCAACAAGACGCCGCAAAACGCGUCAAUUACAAUUACCAUCCGAUAAUUGACUUUUUCGAGCAGGAAAAUAACAAGCAGCACCAAAACCGACAGGGACAAGUUGUCGAUCGCAUCGGAAAUGUCGAACGAAAUAACGCGUGGCGACCCGUAGUUGCGAAUAAUAAUUUCAAUCGAAGAGGCGGGCAUGGCGGAAUUAUCCGAGGAAUUUAG